AACAGUUGUUCAUUAAUUUAGAUCAAAUAAAAAUAUUGCAUCGUUUGAAUCAAUUGAUGACAAUGUCCAGUGAUUGCCGUGAAAGUCAAUUCGUCAAUCAAUAUAUAGUCAAUAGUGAAAAAACUGUGGUUAAAGACAUACCUGUGCAGAGAUUAAUCAAAAUAGUGAAAAUAUAUAGCGUUUAUCGUAAAGAUCAUGAAAAAAGAUUUGUUGAGCGCGGAUAUGAUCGGCAAAAACGGUUACUCCUAUGGCACGGAACCAAAUGUACAAAUAUAGUCGGAAUAUUGACCAAUGGCUUCAAACUUCCCGAUAAUGACAAACUUGUGUUUGGAAAAGGCAUUUAUUUUGCCGAUAGAGCGACCAAAAGUGGUCAAUAUUGUGACCAACAGAACAAUGGCUUUCUUUUGUUAUGCGAAGUGUCCUCAGGAGUAAUGUAUGAAACAGAAUGUCCGAAACCAUACACGAGACCACCCGAUGGUUACAAUAGUAUUAAAGGUGUCGGUAAAUAUAUACCCGAACCUAAUGAUCCGGUUAUAUUUGGUGACAGUAUUGAGGUACCGAUGGGUGAGACAGUUGAAAAUGUUCACAAAAAGACAUCGCUGUCACAACAUUACGGCGAUUACAACGAAUACGUUGUGUUUAAUGUUAACAGAGUUCUCAUCAGAUUUAUUGUUCACUUCCGAUGGUUACAGUAAUGGAUCAGUUAUUUGAAAUAAUU